AUGACGCGGCCUAUCCUCUCUCGUAUGACGACCGCCAUUCCCGACCCCUUGCCUCCGAUCGUCUCCUCUGCGGACUCGCAAGUUGUCGAAGAUGCGAUUCUCGAGCUCAGCGAUGGGUCAGCGUUACGGGGCAUCUCCUUUGGGGCGCAAAAGAGCGUCGCGGGCGAGUGCGUGUUCCAAACUGGCAUGGUCGGCUAUACCGAAUCGUUGACGGACCCGUCCUACGAGGGUCAGAUCCUCGUGCUCACCUAUCCGUUGGUCGGAAACUACGGAGUCCCAGAACGUCCGAAAAACCCUCUCGAUGACCUUCCUCUGGCUUUCGAAUCUUCCCGAAUCCAUAUCGCAGCAUUGGUCAUCGGCUACCACUCGGAAGACUACAGCCAUUUCCUCGCAAAGUCAACGCUUGGCGCCUGGCUUAAAGAAAACGACGUUCCCGCAAUCUAUGGGGUAGAUACACGGGCGCUAACCAAGAAAAUUCGCGAAAAGGGCUCAAUGCUGGGUAAAAUACUCGCACGUAGGCCUGGAGCUCCCGCUGGUCGAGCUCGGCCGCUAGUCCCCGGCUCGCAAGCCCCUUCUCGUGCCCCUUCACGAGCAUCCUCCCCGCCAUCUUCCCAGUCCUGGCGCGAAGAUUACGAAGACAUUCCAUUCUUUGACCCAAACCAAACUAAUCUGGUUGCGGCUGUCUCUAUUACUGCUCCGCGACUCUUCAAAAGUACGACUACGCCCCGCGUUCAUCCAACUGGCCGUUCCUUGCGGAUUCUUGCCAUUGACGUGGGCAUGAAAUAUAAUCAGAUUCGCUGCUUCAUCGACCGAGGCGUCGACCUAAAAGUCGUUCCAUGGGAUUACGAUUUCCUUUCGGAACCAGAACCUUACGAUGGAAUCUUCGUCUCCAAUGGGCCCGGUGAUCCAUCUCUGCUUACGCCCACUAUCGAAAUGCUUCAAAAAGCCCUCGAAAAAGCCGACCAUCCAAUUUUCGGCAUUUGUCUCGGUCAUCAGCUUCUUGCUCUUGCUGCUGGUGCGAAGACUUCCAAAAUGAAAUACGGCAAUCGUGGUCACAAUAUUCCCUGCACCGAUGCACUCUCCGGCCGCUGCUAUAUCACGAGUCAGAACCACGGAUUCCAGGUCGACACUGCGACAUUGCCAGAUGGCUGGGCAGAACUCUUCCAAAACGCCAAUGAUGGGAGCAACGAGGGCAUCUACUGCAUCGACAAGCCGUUCUUCAGUGUCCAAUUCCAUCCGGAAUCAACCCCUGGCCCGCGCGACACGGAGUUCCUGUUUGAUGUCUUCAUUCGCAAUGUCGCUGAUUGUGCCGCGACCAGCGGCGUGCUUGUACCUAUCUCGAUGCCCGGGGGGAAGCGGGAAGAGAACGACCGCCGCGUCCCACGUGCGAACGUGUCCAAGGUUGUCAUUCUUGGAUCGGGUGGUUUGUCCAUUGGCCAGGCUGGCGAGUUUGACUACUCCGGGUCGCAGGCGAUCAAAGCUCUCAAGGAAGAGGGCAUCUACACAAUCCUAGUCAAUCCCAACAUUGCGACAAUCGCGACUUCUAAGGGGCUCGCAGACAAGGUGUAUUUCCUCCCGGUCACACCUGAGUUUGUGCGGCGCAUUAUCAAGUACGAAAAACCAGACGGAAUUUACGUGACAUUUGGCGGGCAGACCGCCCUGAACGUGGGCAUCAAGCUGAAGGACGAGUUUGCGGGCCUGGGCGUCAAAGUUCUUGGGACGCCGAUUGAGACGAUCAUCACAACGGAGGACCGCCAGCUGUUUGCGACGGCAAUGGCGCAGAUCGGGGAGAAGUGCGCGGAAAGCGCGACGGCGACGAAUUUGGAGGAAGCGCUCGCCGCGGCGAAGAGCAUCGGCUUUCCGGUUAUUGUGCGGGCCGCGUAUGCUUUGGGUGGAUUAGGCUCUGGCUUUGCCGGCAAUGAGACGCAGCUAGCCGCGCUUUGUGCUAAGGCGUUCGCAACGAGCCCGCAGGUGUUGGUGGAGCGGAGCAUGAAGGGAUGGAAGGAGAUCGAGUAUGAAGUCGUUCGCGAUUGCAGAGACAAUUGCAUCACUGUGUGCAAUAUGGAGAAUUUCGACCCGCUUGGGAUUCAUACAGGCGACUCGAUAGUCGUAGCUCCCUCGCAGACACUUUCGGACUCGGAUUACAACAUGCUUCGGACGACCGCGGUCAAUGUUAUUCGCCAUCUCGGCGUUGUCGGUGAAUGCAAUAUACAAUAUGCACUAAAUCCUGCCUCCCAAGAAUAUUGCAUCAUUGAGGUUAACGCGCGUCUUUCUCGGUCUUCGGCUCUUGCAUCUAAAGCGACUGGAUAUCCACUUGCAUUCAUUGCCGCGAAGCUUGGUCUCGGUAUCCCGCUCAACGAGAUAAAGAACUCGGUCACCAAAGUAACUUCAGCAUGCUUCGAGCCGAGUUUGGACUACGUUGUCGUCAAGAUUCCGCGCUGGGACCUGACAAAGUUUACGCGUGUGAGUCGGCAGCUCAGCAGCAGCAUGAAGAGUGUGGGCGAAGUCAUGAGCAUCGGACGCACGUUUGAGGAGACAUUCCAGAAGGCGAUUCGUGCAGUUGAUGACCAAUUUCUGGGAUUUGCAAAGAACGAUUUCGUCGCCGACAUCGACGAAGAGCUUGUCAAUCCCACCGACAAGCGCAUAUUUGCCAUCUCCACUGCCUUCCAUCGCGGAUACAGUGUGGACAAGAUCUGGCAGAUGACCAACAUCGACAAGUGGUUCCUCACGAAACUGCAAUACAUCUUCAAGAUGGAGCAACACAUUUCUGAGCUGAAUGUAUCAAGCAUUGACCCGACUAUCUUGAGGCACGCGAAACAGCUGGGCUUCUCUGACCGACAGCUUGCGGCAGGCAUGGGAUCGACGGAGCUUGCUGUUCGCCGACUGAGGCAAGAGAAUAGCAUCGCGCCUUGGGUGAAGCAAAUCGACACUGUUGCGGCAGAGUUCCCUGCGUUUACGAACUACCUCUACACGACGUACAACGCGAGCGAGCACGACGUUAUAUUCAACGACAGGGGUGUAAUGGUGCUUGGGUCGGGAGUGUACCGGAUCGGGUCGUCUGUAGAGUUCGACUGGUGUGCGGUCCGGGCUAUUCGCACCCUGCGGGACCAGGGCUUCCAGACGAUCAUGGUCAACUACAAUCCGGAGACCGUGAGCACGGACUACGACGAGGCGGACCGGCUCUACUUUGAGAACAUCAGUCUCGAAACCAUAUUGGAUAUCUACGAUGCAGAGCGGUCGCGGGGAGUUAUUUUGUCCAUGGGUGGGCAGACGCCAAACAACAUCGCGCUACCGCUGUACCGCCAGAAUGUCAAGAUAUACGGGACUUCGCCAGAGAUGAUCGACACCGCCGAAAACCGGUACAAGUUCUCGCGGCUGCUGGACGAAAUCGGGGUUGAUCAGCCACUGUGGAAGGAGCUCACCAGCCACGCAGAGGCGGAGGCGUUCUGCGAAAAAGUCGGAUAUCCUGUACUCGUUCGACCUUCCUAUGUGCUGUCCGGCGCUGCGAUGAAUGUGGUGUCUACCGUGGACGACCUCGCCAACUACCUGACGCAGGCGACAGAUGUGUCACGUGACCACCCGGUCGUGAUCACAAAAUACAUUGAGCAGGCGAAGGAGAUUGAGAUGGACGCGGUUGCAAAGGACGGCAAGAUGGUCAUGCAUUACAUCUCCGAGCACGUGGAGAACGCGGGCGUGCACUCGGGCGACGCGACGCUUAUUCAUCCGCCACAGGACUUGGAUCCACAAACCGUUCGCCAAAUUGAAGACGCGACGGCCAAGAUCGGGAACGCGCUCAAUGUAACGGGCCCAUUCAAUAUCCAGUUCAUCGCCAAGAACAAUGAGAUCAAGGUUAUCGAGUGCAAUCUUCGGGCAGCCAGGUCGUUCCCAUUCGUGUCCAAAGUCACAGGCAUCGAUGCGAUUGAGAUGGCCACGAAAGUCAUGCUUGGCUUACCCGUAGAGGCAUACCCAGAUGCGGGGCUGCCGGCAGACUACGUCGGAAUCAAGGUGCCACAGUUUAGUUUCAGUCGACUGUCUGGCGCGGACCCUGUCCUGGGUGUGGAGAUGGCGUCCACCGGCGAAGUCGCAUGUUUUGGACGUGACAAAUACGAAGCGUACCUCAAGGCGCUGAUAUCCACUGGGAUCGUCCCGCCGAAGAAGAACAUUUUGUUCUCAGUGGGGAGUUAUCGCGAGAAGCUUGAGAUAUUACCUUCGGUGCAGAAACUGAGCGCUGCGGGAUAUAAUAUCUUUGCUACUUCGGGGACAGCGGACUUCCUCACGGAGCAUAAUGUGCCUUGCAAGUACCUCGAAACCUUGGUAGAAGGAGGGCAGGACAAGCAAAAGUCGGAGUACUCUCUGACGCAGCAUCUUGCGAAUAACCUCAUCGACAUGUACAUCAACCUCCCGUCCAAAAACCACUACCGCCGCCCAGCCAGCUACAGCAGCAAGGGGUACCACACGCGCCGGAUGGCGGUCGACUUUGCGGUGCCGCUCAUCACGAAUAUCAAGAACGCGAAACUUCUUGCUGAGGCGCUUGUGCGCAAUCUCCCGCUUGACGUGUCCAGCAUCGAUUCCAAGAGCUCCCAUCGGACUCAUACCUUCCCCGGAUUAGUCAACAUUGCUGCGUUUGUUCCAGAGUUCGGUGCAGACCUCGCCCGGGCCACGCAGGCGUCGGUCAGCGCUGGAUUUGCAACUGCAGUCAUCAUCCCUGCUGAUCUGGGCAGCUGUAUCUCGGAUCGCGCGUCGUUGGAGCGAGCCAAAGCAAGUAUUGGCAGUACUGCUCAUUGCAAUUAUGCGUUGAGCAUCGCUGCUACCGCAGACAACACACAAUCCCUCGACGACGAGCUGCAGGCGGAGGCCAAAGCACUUUUCAUUCCGUUCGACGUUAGUGCAUUAUCGACGCCUUUGUCAGCCGUGGCGGCGCACUUUGCCGCCUGGCCCACCGACAAACCCAUCGUGACUGACGCCAAGGGCUCGGACCUCGCGUCACUCCUCCUGCUCGCCUCGCUGCACAAUCGCAGUGUGCAUGUUACAAAUGUGCGCGCACAGGACGAUCUGCUGCUCAUCGCGCUCAGUAAAGCGCGCCAUCUCAAGGUCACGUGCGACGUGUCGGUAUACGCGCUGUUCUUUUCGCGCGCGGAGUACCCGGAUUGCGUGUUCCUCCCGGCUGUGGAGGACCAAAAGGCGCUGUGGGCGAAGAUGGAGCUGAUUGACGCGUUUUCGGUCGGCGCGACACCGUUUAGGCUUGCUCAGGCGAAGGGGGGAAAGGUGUCGGCGUGGUGUGGUUUGGAGGAGACGCUGCCGCUGUUGUUGACGGCGGUACAGGAGGGCCGGUUGACGUUGGAGGAUGUCCGCGUCCGUCUGCACGACAACCCGAUGCACAUUUUUGGCCUCCCCGAGCUUGCCAAUACCCAGGUUGAGGUCGUGAUUGGGCGCAAGGGCAAGUUCGGCGCACGUGACACAUGCUGGUCGCCGCUGGAGGAUAAGAUCGUUACUGGUGCGAUCCACAGGGUGGUGGUGCAUGGUAAUACGGCGUUUCUCGACGGGUCGCUGUUUUCUGUGCCGUUUGGGCGGGAUAUUUCAAGUGCGACGAUCCAUCAUGCUGUCGCCGCGGCGCCGGCGAAGGAACCGGAGGCCCCGGCCGGGCACGUGAUGUCUCUGGCCGUGUCGCAUCUCACGACUCAACCAACCCCCGCUCCUCACCCAUUCCAUGCUCUUGUUCCGCAUCCAGCCUUCCACAGGCGACAUAUCCUGUCUGUGAAGCAGUUCACACAUCGCGACAUGUACGACCUCUUUUCGCUGGCCCACGAAAUGCGGCUGCAGGUGGAGCGCAACGGGACACUGGACAUCCUCAAGGGGCGGGUCCUAUGCACGCUGUUCUACGAGCCGUCGACGAGGACGAGCUCGUCGUUUGAUGCUGCGAUGAAGCGCUGUGGCGGGGAGGUCGUGCAGGUGACCGCGGACACGUCGAGUGUGGUGAAAGGAGAGAGUUUGGCGGACACGGUGAGGACUCUUGGGUGCUACGGCGACGCGAUUGUGAUGCGGCACCCGGAGAUGGGGAGUGCGGCGCUUGCGGCCAAGUUUUCGCCCGUGCCGAUUAUCAAUGCGGGGGAUGGGAUUGGGGAACACCCAACGCAGGCGAGUGCGCUGUUGGACGUCUACACCAUCCGAUCCGAGCUUGGAACAGUGAACGGGCGUACCAUCACCCUUCUGGGCGACCUCAAGAACGGGAGGACGGUGCACAGUCUGGUCACGCUGCUGGCGCUCUACUCGGUCCGGCUCAACUUUGUCUCCCCGAGCACGCUCGCGAUGCCGGCGAGCGUGGUGGCCGUGGCGCGGAAAGCGGGGGUGCCGGUUACUAUUUGCGAGUCGCUGGACGAGGUGCUGGCGGACACGGAUGUGCUAUAUGUGACCAGGAUCCAGAAGGAGCGGUUUGAGAGCGAGGCGGCGUGGGCGCAGGUCAAGGACGCGUAUCGGGUGGACCACGCGGUGCUUGCGCGGGCAAAGGAGGACAUGAUCGUGAUGCACCCGCUGCCGCGCGUGAACGAAAUCGACCCCGAGGUCGACUUUGACUCGAGGAGGGCGGUCUACUUCCGGCAGAUGCGCUAUGGGCUGUUUAUCCGGAUGGCGCUGUUGGCGAGCGUCAUGGGCUGA